AAAAGGAAUGAAGUUGAAUAGAUAUUUAUUGAUAGUGUAAUUGUAAAAAAGAGAAGUUUGAAAAUAAUAUCUGGUCAUGGAGUAGGGACGUGAGGUUGAGGACAACACACGCUCAACGUAGUGUGUCCAAAUUCCACACCCAACAAACUCUCUCUCAUGUCCUCACUCCCAUUAUCUCUUCUCUAAAACCCCCCAUUCCCUUUUCUCUUUCCCACUUUUCACAUAAAUCCUCCUCAAUCUUCCACAAACUCCAUUCAUGGAGCAGCCAUGAACUUCCCGCAUUCGCGGUCGCCGUCCCAACCGUCCCCAUGCUCAUCUUCACUGCCAACCUUAACGCACACCUUCCUUUAACCUUUCCCCUUGGGCCCUCUUUACCACUCUUCACCACCAACACCACCACCUCCACCGCCAGCACUGCGACCGUCCGCCCCUUCCUGGUGCACAGCACCGCUCGUCAAACAAGCUCCACCGAUCUCUCUCUCCUGUCCGAUUCGUCGUCCAGUUCCUUAGAACAGAGACUCUUAUUAUUGCUACGCCAGAGGAAAACGGAUGAGGCUUGGAUUGCUUAUACACAAUGUAAUAAUCUGCCAAGCCCUACUUGUCUAAGCCGUUUAGUUUCUCAACUUUCUUACCAAAACACUCCAUCUAGCCUCACUCGAGCUCAGUCUAUACUCACGCGCCUCCGCAACGACAACCAGCUCCACCGUCUCGAUGCCAAUUCCCUCGGUCUCCUUGCCGUCGCCGCUGCCAAGGCUGGACACACUCUUUACGCCUGUUCUGUCAUUAAGUCCAUGCUUCGUUCGGGUUACCUUCCCCACGUAAAAGCAUGGAGCGCCGUUGUUAGCCGCCUCGCCGCUUCGCCGGAUGAUGGCCCUGCAGAAGCAAUCAAGCUAUUCAGUUUAGUGACUCAGCGUCUCCGCCGGUUUGCAGAUCCCACUAUAACGGCCGAUUCGCGGCCGGACACGGCGGCGUAUAACGGUGUGCUCAAUGCCUGCGCCAACAUGGGUGCCUACGAGAAGUUUCUGCAGUUGUUUGAGGAAAUGGAAGAAUUUGGUGCGGAGCCUGAUGUUUUGACUUACAAUGUCAUGAUCAAGCUCUGCGCUAGAGCCAAUAGGAAGGAUCUAAUUGUGUAUGUGUUGGAGACGAUUCUUGCAAAGGAUAUUCCGAUGUGUAUGACGACUUUGCAUUCUGUUGUGGCGGCUUAUGUCGGAUUUGGAGAUUUGGAAACGGCGGAGAAGGUAGUUCAAGCAAUGAGGGAAGGGAAAAGAGAUAUUUGUAGGAUUCUCAGGGAUGGUAUUUUGGAUGAGAUUGAAGAUAUGGAAGAUUUGGAUGAAGAUGAAGAUGAGGUAUUCAAGAAGUUGCUUCCUAAUUUGAAUGAAGAAAUUGAUUCAGAGCCACCAUUGUUACCAAAAGUUUAUUCUCCUAACUCGAGAAUUUAUACGACUCUGAUGAAAGGGUAUAUGAAUGAGGGCCGAGUAGCUGAUACAAUACGAAUGCUCGAGGCAAUGCGCAACCAAGGUGAUAGAUCCAGUCAUCCUGAUCAUGUAUCCUAUACUACUGUAGUUUCAGCUCUAGUUAAGGCAGGGUCGAUGGACCGAGCCCGUCAAGUGCUAGCUGAAAUGACAAGAAUUGGAUGUCCGGCAAAUCGAAUUACCUACAACAUUCUCCUAAAGGGUUAUUGCCGGUUGCUUCAGAUGGACAAGGCCAAGGAGCUGCUUAAAGAGAUGGUUGAUGGAGCAGGCAUUGAACCUGAUGUGGUUUCUUAUAACAUCAUGAUCGACGGAAGCAUACUGGUCGAUGAUAGUGCAGGAGCUCUUGGCUUCUUUAAUGAGAUGCGAUCGAAAGGAAUAGCCCCCACAAAGGUUAGUUAUACCACUCUGAUGAAAGCUUUCGCUCAGUCGGGUCAACCAAAGCUAGCGAGGAAGGUAUUUGAUGAAAUGCUGAAUGAUCCUAGAGUGAAAGUGGAUAUUGUGGCCUGGAAUAUGUUGAUUGAAGGGUAUUGUAGACUAGGAUUGAUAGAAGAAGCAAAGCAAUUAAUUCAAAAAAUGAAAGAGAACGGUUUUUUCCCUGAUGUUUCUACAUACGGCAGUCUCGCCAAUGGAAUUUCUUUAGCUAGAAAACCGGGUGAGGCUCUUUUGCUAUGGAAUGAAGUAAAGGAGAGAUGUGCUGUGAAGAGAGGGUAUAAGUCUGAUUCUUUCUCUCCCCCUCCCUUAAAACCUGAUGAAGGGCUAUUGGAUACUCUAGCUGAUAUAUGUGUCAGGGCAGCUUUCUUUAGGAAGGCUUUAGAAAUCGUGGCUUGUAUGGAAGAGAAUGGAAUACCGCCCAACAAGACAAAAUACAGUAGAAUUUACGUGGAAAUGCAUUCUAGGAUGUUUACCAGUAAACAUGCAUCAAAGGCCAGACAGGACAGAAGGAUUGAGAAAAAGAGAGCAGCCGAGGCUUUCAAGUUUUGGUUGGGAUUACCCAAUUCUUAUUACGGGAGUGAGUGGAGAUGGGAGCCCUUAGAUCGUGAUUAUUAAGGCUGGCUGAUCACUUCAACUGAUUUCUCAUUCACUGUCUUCUACCUCAACCGUUUGGUACGUCACUGUAGUCUGUAAUAGUAUGUUGUCAAGGACUCCAAUAGAAGAUAAGGUGGAAAAGAAAAUACGAAAAAGUGUUCAAAAAAAAAUUAUAGUGCAUAUUUGAUUUUGUAAAAAAAUUCUGAGGGAAGAUAAAUACAUUGAACUGCAUAAUGCUAAAGAAAGAAAGUUCUUCUAAUGUA